AUGGACAAAGAAAAUAAUUCUGCAGUGACAAAUUUCAUCCUUGAAGGGUUAACAGACAGGCCAGAGCUCCAGAUUCCCCUCUUACUCCUAUUCUUGAGCAUCUAUGUUGUCACUAUUAUGGGGAACCUGGGCAUGAUCACACUGAUUGGUGUCAGUUCUCACCUGCACACUCCCAUGUACUACUUACUUAGCAGUUUGUCUUUCAUUGAUGUCUGUCAUUCCACUGUAAUAACCCCCAAGAUGUUGGUGAAUUUUGUGUCAGAGAAGAACAUUAUCUCCUACAACGGGUGCAUGACUCAACUCUAUUUCUUCCUCAUUUUUGUAAUUGCUGAGUGUCAUAUGUUGGCAGCUAUGGCAUAUGACCGCUAUGUUGCCAUCUGUAGCCCCUUGCUAUAUAAUGUCAUCAUGUCCCAUCAGGUCUGCAUUUGGUUAGUGGCUGGUGUAUACAUAAUGGCCUUUAUUGGUGCCACAGCUCACACAGGCUGCAUGCUUAGAGUGUUCUUCUGUAAGGACCUUGUCAACCAUUAUUUCUGUGAUCUCAAUCCUCUUCUAGAGAUCUCUUGCUCCAGCACUUAUGUUAAUGAAGUGCUAGUUCUUUGCUUCAGUGCAUUUAAUAUCCUCACCCCAACUCUGACCAUUCUUAGCUCUUAUGUCUUCAUCAUUGCCAGUAUCCUCCGCAUCCGCUCCACUGAUGGAAGGUCCAAGGCUUUCAGCACCUGCAGCUCCCACAUGACAGCUGUUGGUAUCUUCUUUGGCUCAGCUGCAUUUAUGUAUCUCCAGCCCUCUUCAGUCAGCUCCAUGGAACAAGCUAAAGUAUCCUCUGUGUUUUACACAAUCCUUGUUCCCAUGUUGAACCCCCUAAUCUACAGCCUGAGGAACAAGGAUGUCAAAGUUGCCAUGAAGAAAUUCGUAGAAAGAAGAUGGUUUCAGUGA